GCGUCUGCCGAGUGUGCAGAUUGAUGAUCCAGCCUCUUCGACCCCAAGAUCCACAUUUCAAUCAGCGUGGUCAGCAUUCCGAAUCACCACGUUAACCAUCGACAGAGACAGGACAUUCACCACGCAUCGAGAUUCUGCGAGGAUAAAUAUAAUUGCAGCAAGACAAGAUGGACGGCUACCGGCCUCUGAGCUUGACGGAGAGGAGGGCGUCAAUGGUGUUCAACAAUGAAGAUAACGACCUCUCUCCCACUCGAGCGACCCUGACCCUCAACACCAACACCAGCGUGCGUCUACCGCAGAGAGUCGAGAAAGUAUCAGUGCAAUCGAGACCAAGAGGACCACCGACGCCAAACAUGACAACCCCCUCUGCAGACCCGGAUUCUCCCACACAUUCGAGCCACGAUCCGCCCCCGCCUCCAACACCUGCCGCCAGCCCGGGACCAGACCACCCCCAGCCAGAUUGGAGCGAUGCCGGAGACCAAGAAGAUUUCUUCCUGGCGAAGAUACGGCACUACUUCAAGAACAGAUCGCCUCCUGAGCGGACACGGAUCUUGGCAGAUCUGCUGAACCUCUGUACGAGCCAACAACUCAGCUUCGUGCGGCAGUACGUAGAUCCAUUGUUAAAGAAGGAUCCUUUCACCAGCUUGCCCAACGAGAUUUGCUUACGGAUCCUCUCCUGUAUUGACGACCCAAAAGUCCUUGCCCGAGCAUCGCAGGUAUCACAACGGUGGCGGGAAUUGCUUGCAGAUGAUGUGACAUGGAUGAAGCUCUGCGCAAAGUACGACUACGACCGCCGCAUGUCAGAAAACCACCACUCGACCCCUCCAUUCUCUACCCUUCGGCCACCGCCAAACCCUAUCCACAGCAGCUAUUUCGAGAGCGAGCAUCCUACGCAUUCGUAUCCUGGGGCUACAGCUGUGGCUCCGUAUAUGCAGGGCAAUUCGAGGAGUUUUGAUAGUUCGAUGAGUGGUGCUGCGCCGAGGAGACCGAAGAUCAGAUCAUACAAGAGCCAUUUUAAACAACGGCAUUUGGUAGAAACGGCGUGGAAGACGGGUGGGCAGAAUAUUGCCAGGCAUAUUACGCAAGAUCAAGGUGUGGUGACGAGUCUGCAUUUGACGCCGAAGUACAUCGUGGUUGCGCUGGAUAAUGCGAAGAUCCAUGUUUUCAACACGGAAGGUAACCAGCAGAAGACUUUACAGGGGCAUGUUAUGGGCGUUUGGGCGAUGGUUCCGUGGGAUGAUACCCUGGUCAGCGGUGGCUGUGAUAGAGAUGUGCGGGUUUGGGAUAUGUCAACUGGCGAGAGUCUGCAUACACUUCGAGGCCAUACUUCGACAGUCCGCUGUUUGAAAAUGAGCGAUUCAAGUACAGCUAUUUCCGGGUCAAGAGAUACCACGUUGAGAGUCUGGGAUAUUAAAACGGGACUGUGCAAGAAUGUUCUUGUGGGCCAUCAAGCGAGCGUUAGAUGUCUAGAGAUCAAGGGCGAUAUUGUCGUUUCUGGAAGCUAUGAUACAACCGCGAGGGUAUGGAGUAUCUCUGAGGGAAGGUGUUUACGCACACUUUCGGGGCAUUUCUCGCAGAUCUAUGCAAUUGCGUUUGAUGGCGCGAGGAUAGCUACUGGGAGUUUGGAUACCAGUGUGCGAAUAUGGGAUCCGAAUAAUGGAUCUUGCCAAGCAAUCCUUCAAGGGCACACCUCACUGGUUGGCCAAUUACAGAUGCGAGGAAAUACUUUGGUUACAGGAGGCUCAGAUGGUUCAGUUCGAGUCUGGUCAUUAGAAAAGAUGGCACCGAUACACCGACUUGCAGCACACGAUAAUAGCGUAACAAGCUUGCAGUUUGACGAUACACGGGUAGUGAGCGGAGGCAGCGAUGGCAGAGUCAAAGUCUGGGAUCUGAAGACUGGGCAGUUGGUCAGAGAACUGACAGCUCCAGCCGACGCUGUGUGGAGAGUUGCAUUCGAAGAAGAGAAAUGCGUGGUUAUGGCCAGCCGGUCCAACAGGACAAUCAUGGAGGUAUGGUCCUUCUCCCCACCCGAAGAUGUCCUCUACGAAGCACAACCUCCGACACUCGCCCAACGAAUGCUCAACGCCCCUGCUCGACCACUCUCCGCCGUUGAAUACCGCAGCACGGGCACGCAAGACCAACCGAUGAGUGGGCUGAUAAGCAGUAGCGCCGAGGAGAGGAUGCAGGUUGCGUUUGUGAAGGAGACUGAGGAUGUCGAUAUGUUAGAUCCGCAGCCGAGUACGGCGCCGCUGCAGCAGACAGGGCCGACUUUCUUUCAUGACGAUUAAGGGAAGGUUCCUGAGUAACUCCUUAUUCAACAUCUGAAACUUGAGGGAUAUGGGAAGCUGCUUCGCUCCAUUAUGAGCUUAUCGGGGAUACCAAAAUACAAAGGAAAAGGGGCAGGAUCCCACCUCGAAAACA